AUGGUGAUGCUCUUGAGCACGUUUCCAAGGUCUGCGGACGCUGCAGAUAAUCAGCACUGGCUUGACCGCAAAGGACCAGCCGGUUACUUCAUCCUCAAGUUUGGUAAAGGAGACCUCGUUGAUCCAGAUCAGCUCGACAAAGGAGGCAAGUUGAAAGCUACUGAAUACGUCAUAUUCAAAAAAACUCUUCACCAUGCCGCAUCCAUGUCCUCCCGCGGAACUAAAUGCUACCUCACAAUUGUAAGGCCCGAAAUCGAGUCUCCUGGUUUCGCUUUGCGCUCGCCUCAAGAAGUCAUCCCGCGAUUACGGCUACUGAAGACAUCAUGGCAGCAUGUAGCCAGAACGCCUGAGGCACAUGUCUUCCGCGAGUACAACAAGCGCCAUAUCGAGAAGAUGUGGUCCUCAUUGGAUCAGCCCAGCCCAAACCUCGUACGGAUUCAUCUCGAACUUCCAUGGAUGCACAAGGAAGCCUCAUACGAAGACGAUGUCCUCUACAAGGUGGCAUUCCCGUGUGUCGACGCGCUGGAGGAGUUUGAAUGCAACUUUCCUCUCGAGUUGGACGGCCUCGAGCGUAUCCACGCUCACCUCAAAGACUUCAAAUUCUUCUUGGAUCGCUUCUCGUUCGUCGUGAAUGUUCACCUCCUAAAACUCGAAUACCUCUCUCUAGAUGGUACUGUCCCACAGUUCAUUACAAACAUCCUCACGGCCCCUGCACUCGAAUACUUGACCUUCAUCUAUUACGGAUGGUGGAGCUACCGGAUAAAGCAGAGCUCUACACUAGCGUCAAGAAGUUGGAUUGGCGCGUCGGUGACUGGUGCGUGCAUCCAGGGUCCAAGCAAAUGCCGAUCGAAACGGUUGCCUAUCCCGAUGCCGACUUUCGAAGCAUGA